AUGCGGUAUUCUCUAUGGGCCUAUACGCUUGUGCUGGCCUCGGCUACCACCACAACAACUUCACUGACUGACAUCUGCACCACGGCAUAUGCGAAGAAGGCAUUGCCAGUAGAUGCCAUUCAGGGCGUUACGGUUGAUCCGUCUUCGAUUUCCACAAGUCUUGUCACCAACUUCACCGCCAGCAGCAUUUUCUACCCUACCUCGACCUUCGAUUACUGCAAUGUGACUUUCGCAUACUCUCAUGACGGCAUUGAUGGCGAUAUUGUUCAUGUGCAGUACUGGCUUCCAGCUCCAGGGAAGUUUAAGAACCGAUAUGUGUCCACAGGUGGAGGUGGCUGGGCUAUCAACUCGGGAUCUUCGUCGAUUCCUACUGGUGUUAUCGUUGGCGGUGUUGGGGGUUUGACCGAUGGUGGAUUUGGGACAUUCGAUACCCAAUUCAGUUCCGUUGCUCUAUUGGAAAAUGGAACUAUCAAUUGGCAAGCGGCGUACAUGUUUGGUGAGACUUUCCUACUUCCGAAGUCACAGCUCAUGAGCCAGCUAACAUCAGAAACAGGCUACCAGGCCCAGCAUGAGCUCGCUAUAUUGGGCAAAGAGCUGACAAAAAACAUCUACAACGUACCCUCCAGCGAGAAGAUUUACUCCUACUACCAGGGUUGUUCUGAGGGAGGCCGUGGCGGGUGGAGUCAGGUCCAACGGUUCCCCGAUCAGUUCGAUGGCGUAGUCGCCGCUGCUCCAGCCUUCCGGUGGGCACAGCAGCAGACCAACCAUUUGACCGGCAACGUCAUCCAGACAACCGUUGACUACUACUCGCCCAGCUGUGAGCUCGAGAAGAUCAUGAACAUGACCGUCGCAAGCUGCGAUCCCCUGGAUGGCAAGACUGACGGUAUUGUAUCGCGCUCUGACCUGUGUUUGAAACAUCUAAACUGGGAUUCCAUCCUGGGUGCCUCUUACUCGUGCCCUGCCCUCAGUGGCUCCGCCUUCGCUGGUGCCACGCCUGCACAGACAGGCAAGGUAUCUGCCAAGGCGAUCGAAGUCAUCAAAACCUUCUGGAAGGGCCUUCACGACUCAGACGGCAAGCGGGUUUACUUCAGCUACCAGCCUGGCUCGACUUUCGACGAUCUUCUAAGCUCAUAUAAUUCCUCCACCGACAGCUGGAAGCUCAACAUAAGUGGUCUCGGUGGCACGUGGAUUGGCCUGUUCGUUGAUCUUUUGCAGGAGACCAACAUUCCCAGCUUGGACGGCGUGACCUACGAUACCCUCAAGGAAUGGAUUAUAUUAUCCCAAAAGAAGUACGGAGACAUCUUCCAGACGACAUACCCAGACCUGUCUGACUUCCAAGCCGCCGGUGGAAAAGUCAUCCACGUUCACGGGGAGCAAGACUACUCAAUUCCCACCGCUUCUUCAGUCCGCUACUGGGACUCGGUUAGAGAGGUUAUGUUCCCCAACAAGUCAUACAGAGCAGGUGCUGCCGCUGUCGAUGACUUCUACCGGCUGUUCCUCAUUCCUGGCGUCGGACACUGUGCCACCAACGACUACCAACCCGGUGCGCCAUGGCCACAGACAACUCUGCAGACUCUCAUUGACUGGGUUGAGAAUGGAAAGGCGCCGGAGACACUCGCUGGUUCUGGUGAGAUUGAAUCAAUGUGUCGUUGGCCUCUUCGUCCACUUUGGAGUGCGAGUGGCGAGAAGUUCCAGUGCGUUUACGACCAGGACUCGAUUGAUAGCUUUACUUAUGAUUUGGAUGCAUACAAGCUUCCUGUGUACUAA